GGUAAAUAAAAACCUUCAGGAUGCUUUCAGACGCUCUGCUCACAAACAGUUCUGAAGCCACCGGGGAUUUGAACCACUAAACCUGUGUACUCCACUGACCGCCGUGCUGCCCAGGUCCAUUACAGCCACAGGAGCAGGAUGCGUCAGUUGUUUACUCUGGGUCUGUUACUGACCCUGCUGCGUCUGUCCACACCUCUGCUGCUGGGGGCCUUCAACAUCAAGUCGUACGGAGACAAGAAAUCCUCCAACAGCACCAUCAUGACCCUCAUCAGUCAGAUUGUCCACCGCUAUGACAUCAUCCUGAUCCAGGAGGUCAGAGACAGUGACCUGUCUGCAACCAAGAAGCUCAUGGAGCGAGUCAACAAAGGGUCUCCUCAGUUCAGGUACAACCACAUCGUGAGUGAACCUCUGGGUCGCAGCUCCUACAAGGAGAGAUAUCUGUUCCUCUACAGAGAGGACACGGUGUCUGUGGCUCAGAGUUACCAGUACGACGACGGCAGUGAGGCCUGUGGGACGGACACCUUCAUCCGGGAGCCGUUCGUGGUCAUGUUCUCUUCCAACCACUCAGCCGUGGAGAACUUUGUCCUGAUCCCUCAGCACACGUCUCCAGACUUCGCCCUGGAGGAAACGGACGCGCUCUACGACGUGGUGCAGGACGUCCGCUCCCGCUGGAACACCAACGACAUCGUUCUUCUGGGCUUCAACUUCAACACCGACUGUUCCUACGUCUCAGGCUCAGACUGGGACAAGAUCCGUCUCUUCACCGACGACAGCUUCCACUGGCUGAUCGACAACGAGGCCGACACCACGGUGUCACACACUCACUGCGCCUACGACAGGAUCGUGGUCACUGACGACCUGAUGAGGGCAGUGGUGAACAACAGCGCAGCGGUUUAUGACUACAUGGUCGACCUGGACCUGAGCCUCAGUCUGGCCUUGGCCGUCAGCGACCAUUUUCCUGUGGAGGUGAAGCUGAUUGGCUGAGGAGACACAGCCUAGAGUCACAGCUACAACAAACCUCCCAUUCAUCCAAACUGUCCAACAGAUAAAUAAAAACGAUGCUACGUUUACUUUGUCGUUGUAAAGUAAUUUUUUUUAAAGUUACUGAGAUGAUGUCACGUUGUGGAUAUGGUUGGAAAACAAAAAAAAAAGACCAAUGACCAAUGGCUGAGAUCAUGUGACCAGAGGCCACACCUCCACACAGUUUGACUCCCUUCACUGACUUGAAGGGAGAAAAAAAA